AUGGAGUACAUGAGGAAGCUUUCAUUUCCAUGGACAACAUCCACCUACAACAAUGUAAUUGAGGCAUUUUCAGAUGUGGGUGAUGCCAAGAACAUGGAAUACACCUUUAAGCAAAUGCAAGGAGAGGGAAUGAGAGCAGACACCAAGACUUUUUGCUGUUUGAUUAGAGGGUAUGCAAAUGCAGGGGUGUUUCAUAAGGCUGGUGAUUUGAUGAAGAUGGAGGAAGUGUUUAGGAAGAUGAAACAGGAAGAAUGUAGGCCUGAUGCAGUGACUUAUUCUAUAAUGGUGGAAGCUUAUAAAAAGGAAGCCAUGGAUGAUAAGGUGCAUGAUUUAGAACAGGAAAGACUGAAGAUUGGUGUUUGUUAA